CGCUUUGAGUAACAUCGAUGCAUCGUUUGCAUCUCUAUUUCCACUGUAGUCACUUGUUUCCCGGUAAAUAAAGGAACUUAUCAAAAACAAAGAAGAAACAAUGCGUUUAUAUUGUUUAAGCAACGAUUUGGCGAAGCACUGCUACGUUAUAACCUUUAAAGGACUACGUAUUAUGCUUGAUUGUGGGCUCACCGAACAGACGGUGUUGAAUUUUUUACCGCUUCCAUUCGUGCAGAGCGUCAAAUUAUCGAACCUCCCGAAUUGGAUACCAAACCGUGAACAUGAUCCUCAAAUGGAUGGCGAACUGAAGGAGUGUUGUGGUCGAGUUUUCGUCGAUUCCGCACCCGAGUUCACCUUACCCAUGGAUAAGAUGGUUGAUUUUAGUGAGAUUGAUGUGAUCUUAAUAUCCAACUACCUGAAUAUGCUCGCGCUACCCUUCAUAACGGAACACACUGGUUUUAAAGGAAAAGUGUAUGCAACAGAGCCCACAUUGCAGAUCGGGCGUUUUUUCCUCGAAGAACUAGUGGAAUAUAUUGAGGUUGCGCCAAAAGCGAGUACGGCGCAUCUAUGGAAAGAUGUCUUACAUUUACUACCUAGUCCAUUAAGUGAGGCAUUUCGUCCUAAAAAAUGGAAAACUAUAUUUAGCUUGAAAGAUGUGCAUAACAGCCUGGCACGCGUUACCAUUAUGGGUUACGAUGAAAAAUUGGACAUAUUGGGUGCAUUUAUAGCAACGCCGGUUAGUUCUGGAUAUUGUUUAGGUUCGAGCAAUUGGGUGCUAAGUACGGCACAUGAAAAGAUCUGUUACGUUAGUGGUUCCUCAACAUUAACUACACAUCCGCGCCCCAUUAAUCAGUCGGCACUUAAACAUGCUGACGUUUUAAUAAUGACUGGGCUAACUCAGGCCCCAACUGUUAAUCCAGAUACGAAGUUGGGUGAGCUAUGUAUGAAUGUCGCUUUAACGAUCCGUAAUAAUGGCUCUGCACUGAUACCUUGUUACCCUUCUGGUGUGGUAUAUGACCUCUUUGAAUGCCUUACACAGAAUUUGGAAAAUGCUGGAUUGAAUAAUGUACCUAUGUUCUUCAUUUCACCUGUAGCCGACCACUCAUUAGCUUAUUCAAACAUUUUGGCAGAAUGGCUGAGUUCGGCAAAACAAAAUAAAGUUUAUCUGCCCGAUGAUCCAUUUCCUCACGCAUUUUAUUUACGUAAUUCGAAAUUGAAACACUACAAGCAUGUGUUUUCGGAAGGGUUCAGCAAGGAUUUUCGGCAGCCUUGUGUGGUAUUUUGUGGACAUCCAAGCUUGCGAUUUGGCGAUGCUGUGCAUUUUAUAGAAAUGUGGGGUCAUAAUGUCAACAACUCCAUUAUAUUUACAGAACCCGAUUUUCCCUACCUUCAAGUAUUAGCGCCGUUUCAACCACUUGCUAUGAAAGCGUUUUAUUGUCCCAUCGACACGUCACUAAAUUAUCAGCAAGCAAAUAAAUUAAUAAAAGAGCUAAAGCCCAAUGUUUUGGUUAUACCAGAAGCUUACACUAAACCACAUCCAAAUGCACCGAAUCUAUUUAUCGAGCAACCAGACAAAAAAAUUAUAACGUUUAAAUGUGGUGAAAUCAUUCGUUUGCCCUUGAAGCGCAAAUUAGAUCGUGUUUUUAUAACGUAUGAUAUGGCACACAAAAUUUUACCACGAGAUGUGGGUAACGGCAUAUCCGUGUCCACCAUUACUGGCAUUCUCGAAGUUAAAGACAAGGUGCACAAUAUACAACCAUGCACUGAGACGACAGAUGACAAACCAAGUGGCAGUAAAAUGCUACCUCCUAGUCGAGAAAAUGUGUUCAAGAAUAUGAAGUACGAGUAUGGUACCCUUGACGUAGACACACUUAAAAAACGUCUUGUACAAGAUGGCAUUACAAACAUUAAAGUCGAACGCACUGGCAACGUAGUUACAUUACAUUUGGUCAAUGAGGAUACAACGAUUAAAUUUGAUGAGAAUGAAACGCACAUAAUAUGUGGCGGAAAACAGUCUUUACGACUGAAAUUACGUGAUUCAGUACUAAAAUGCUUACAAAGUUUUUAA